CAGAACACAGGACCGAACACAUCUGGGAUAUGUGGCACACAUUUUAUAUAGCUGAUUGGGCCGAUGAAAACAACUCCGUCGUCUGAGCCAAAACAAACAAACAAACAGAAAUUAAUAAAAAUACAUGCUGUUGUGAUAAUGCUUUAUUAAAUGGCGGUUAUUUUAAUGCAAACAUCCAGACUCAUCCGAUAUUAGCUGUUAUAUUAAUCAAGCCCGGCGAGUCUUUUUUUAACCAAAACUAAGCAGGCCUAAAAAUAAAUAAAUAAAUAAAUAUACAGACAAAAUAACUUUAUACAGCAUUUAGGUGAAUAUAUAAGCACCGAAAUCACAUCCAGGUGAUGGAAAACUAAACUAAUGUUUUAAAAUAGUCUACCUAUCUAUCUUGUCUGUCUAUAGCUAAUGCUUGUUUACUAUAGCGGUGUAUCGUGGAAUAUAAUUGUAUUAAUGAACUUUUAUAUAAUAAUAGGGACGGGUGCGGUGGUGGUCGCCUGGCCUUGGUGGAAACGGAGUAUGAAUGUCAUUUAUAAGAAUAUUGAAUUAAUUUCAAACUAAUAUCCACGGUCCUGAGUGUGUUUGAGUGCAGCAGGCUGGUGUGUGUGUGUGUGUGUGUAUGUGUGUAUGUGUUAUUAUCCGAAGGGGGACCCACACAACGAGCACACGUUAACAUUUGCCUCCGUUUUGAACCCCGUAUCCCCCCGGAAUAUCUCGGAUAUACCCCGGUCCAAGAUGGGGAAGGAGGUAAACGGAGUGUCGCGGAGCCGGUUUGAGAUGUUCUCGAACAGUGACGAGGCCGUCAUCAACAAAAAGCUGCCAAAAGAGCUACUGCUGCGGAUAUUCUCCUUCCUGGAUGUGGUGACUCUCUGCCGAUGUGCCCAGGUCUCCAGGGCCUGGAAUGUACUGGCGCUGGACGGCAGUAACUGGCAACGGAUCGAUCUCUUCGACUUCCAGAGAGACAUCGAGGGGCGUGUCGUGGAGAACAUCUCAAAACGCUGCGGGGGGUUCCUGAGGAAGCUGAGCCUGAGGGGAUGCCUGGGGGUGGGGGACAGUGCGCUCAGGACGUUCUCUCAGAACUGCAGGAACAUCGAGGUGCUGAAUCUCAACGGCUGCACCAAGAUCACAGACGCUACCUGCAGCAGUCUCAGUAAGUUCUGUCCCAAGCUGAAGCACCUGGACCUGGCCUCCUGCACCUCCAUCACCAACCUGUCCCUCAAAGCGCUGAGUGAAGGGUGCCCCCUGCUAGAGCAGCUCAACAUCUCUUGGUGUGAUCAGGUGACCAAGGACGGGAUCCAGGCUCUGGUGCGCUGCUGCCCUGCCUUGCACUGCCUGUUCUUGAAGGGCUGCACUCAGCUGGAAGAUGAAGCUCUGAAACACAUCGGCAAUCACUGCCCAGAACUGCUCACCUUGAACCUUCAGACCUGCUCCCAGAUCACAGACGAGGGUCUCCUCACUAUCUGUCGAGGGUGCCCCCGGCUGCAGUCCCUGUGUGUGUCCGGCUGUGCCAACAUCACUGAUGCAAACCUCAACGCCCUCGGGCAGAACUGCCCGCGGCUCAGAAUCCUGGAGGUGGCUCGCUGCUCGCAGCUCACUGACCUCGGCUUCACCUCUCUGGCCCGGAACUGUCAUGAGCUGGAGAAGAUGGACCUGGAGGAGUGUGUGCAGAUCACAGACAGCACCCUGAUCCAGCUCUCGAUAUACUGUCCACGGCUGCAGGUCCUGUCCCUCUCUCACUGUGAGCUCAUCACGGAUGAUGGGAUCCGGCACAUUGGCAGCGGCCCCUGUGCUCACGACCGUCUGGAGGUCAUUGAGCUGGACAACUGCCCCCUGAUCACAGACGCCUCUCUGGAGCAUCUCAAGAGCUGCCACAGCCUGGAGAGGAUAGAGCUGUACGACUGCCAGCAGAUCACCAGAGCGGGGAUCAAGAGACUCAGGACACACCUCCCCAAUAUCAAAGUCCACGCCUACUUUGCUCCAGUGACCCCGCCCCCCUCUGUGGGAGGAAGUCGUCAGAGGUUCUGCCGCUGCUGCAUCCUGCUAUGAUGUCAGAGCAGCAACACUGACUUUAUAAUCAAUAUCUCGAAGUAAUGUAUAGCUGUGCAGGUCUGGACUUGGAAACCACCAUUCCACAGAUGCGUGUGUCUGUCUGUGUGUUUGUACGUGUGUCUGUGUCUCUGUGUGUCUGUGUCUCUCUGUCUGUAUGUGUGUGUAUACAGCAUGUCGACUCCCUCAUUGCGUUGACAUUUGAGCCCAUGCAGGUUUUACUGUGAGUUCACCUUGAUGUAGCUUUUAAAUAGGAUUUGUAUUUUUGUAUUCAGUGUAGUUGUUUCAUCAUUACAGAUACACUGUACAUUCAGACAUUGUAUUCCCAAAGAAUUCGUGCAGAGGGGGGAAAAGAAAGUAUAUUUGAAACCAGUAUCUCAAUAUACAGCCCAUCUGUGAAGCUGUAAAACAUAUUGAAUACAAAACAAUAUUGCUGUGACUCGCCUGUAGUCGUCACAAGGUGAAGCUUCUAGUUAAACCAGUACUGGCUGAAACUGGGAUGCACUGGGAGUGUGUCGUGUGGGAGCAUGGCCAUGAUGGAAACGGUCUAGCAAGCUCUUCAUAUUCAUAUCCACGGCCCUAACCUCCACAGUACUUGUGAAAAAUAGUAUAUUUUUUAUGAGAGCGCAGAUUUAAUCAAAGAACAAAAAAAGAUGGCCAAAUUUUGCAUGUUUCAAUGAUAGUUAUA